UUUUCCUGUCUCCCUCCAUGUCAGUCACGGUAUAGCCAAAGAUCAGGCAUGGGGGACAGAAACAGGAUGACAUGCAGCAAAGGACCACGAGUCAGAGUGGAACCCCGGCCCGCUGCACGGAGGACUGAGCCUUGUGUUCGUUUUAGGUCCAGUCUCAACAAGCUGCCGAGGGUCUCCCUUCUCCUCCACACAGAGGGAAAAAUGAAGAAUGACUAUACUCUGGAGAAGGACAUUAGGCCUGCUGGAAAAGGCUCUUCUACAGAAAAUGGUUUCCAACAGAGCAAUGAAUCUUCAGCCUCCAGUCCAGAACAUCCUGAUGUGGACAACAGACAAAGAGCCCACCCCACCUUGUUUGGAAAAUACAACCAAAGCAUGCAGACCUUCAAGCCCUUCCGCUGGUCCUCUUCCCAGUCCCACCCUAUAGACAAUGCAGGCUUCUUCUCCUUCACGACCUUCGUCUGGUUGACCCCCAUGAUGUGGGCCUUGUUCAGGAAUAAGCUGGAUAUGAGCUCUCUCAAGCUGUCUCCUUUGGAUGUAGCCCACAGCAGCGGAGAAAGGCUCCAGAGACUCUGGGAGGAAGAAGUGGCCAAGGUGGGCCUGGAGAAGGCCUCUUUGAUCCGAGUUGUCCUCCGCUUUCAAAGAACCAGGCUGAUUCUGUCUGUCACUGUCGGCAUCCUUGCCAUGAUAGCAGCGUUUAUUGGCCCGGCUGUCUUGAUCUAUGCGAUCCUGAACUACACAGAGGCCCCAGAGAAACACCCAGUACUCUAUGGGAUUGGUCUUUGCUUCGCUCUGUUCACCUCAGAGUUCUUCAAAAGCUUCUUCAUAUCCACGCUGUGGGCCCUGAAUUUGCGCACUGCAGUCAGACUGAAGGGGGCCUUCUCUACGUUAGCCUUUCAGAAAGUCAUCUCUCUGCGGGGGCACAGCGGCAUUUCAACAGGAGAGAUGAUAAGUGUUUUGACCAACGAUGGCCACAAACUAUUUGAUGCAGUGUUGUUCGCGAGCUUUGUGCUUGCCUCCCCGGUGCUCUUCAUCAUUUGUGUUGUGUAUGCCUGCUACAUUCUGGGCUACAGCGCACUGACUGGAGUCGGCACCUACCUCAUCUUCAUCCCAAUACAGGUUGGCUUAGCCAGGCUCAUUACCAGAUUCCGGUGGAAAAGCAUACAGAUAACAGACUGCCGUGUUCGCACCAUGAAUGAGAUUCUCAACAGCAUCAAACUUAUCAAGAUGUACGCCUGGGAGGAUUCUUUUGAGAAGAAGAUCGCAGAAUUCAGGAAAAAUGAGAAGAAACAACUGCAGAAGGCCAGUUACGUCCAGAAUACCAACGCCAGCAUCACCACCAUCAUCCCCACCCUCGCCACCGUUCUCACCUUCAUUGUUCACACAUCACUGAAAUUAGAGCUCAACACGCCCGAUGCCUUUACCACCAUCGCUGUUUUCAACGCCCUGAGGUUCUGCCUGGGUCUGCUGCCUCUGUCCAUGAAGGCCGUGGCUGAGGCUGCUGUUUCAAUAAAACGACUCCAGAAAAUAUUGCUGAUCCAGAAUCCAGAGCUCUACCUGAACCAGCAAAAAGGCAGUGACUCGGCCAUAGUGAUUACAAAUGCUACACUUUCCUGGACCAGACCAGCCAGCCAGCCGGACCCCACUCCCAGCUCAGCCAAUGGGGUGACCGGACACAAAGUAGAGGAAGUGUCCAAGAAUGUGGCGAGUGAAACCUUGCCGACCCUGAGAAACAUCUCCCUCACUCUGCCUAAGGGCAACCUGCUUGGUGUGUGUGGUAACGUGGGGAGUGGAAAGACGUCACUGAUUUCCAGCAUUUUGGAACAGAUGCACCUUCUGCAGGGCUCCUUCACAGCUGAUGGGACAUUUGCCUACGUUUCCCAGCAGGCCUGGAUAUUCCAUGGAACUGUCCAAGAGAACAUCCUGAUGGGGGAACCAUUGGACCAGUCCAAAUACGACAGAGUUUUGGAUGUGUGUAGCCUCAGAGCUGACCUCAAUAUCCUCCCAUAUGGUGAUCAAACAGAGAUUGGAGAACGAGGGCUGAAUCUAUCGGGGGGGCAGAAGCAGAGGAUCAGCGUGGCCCGAGCUGUGUACUCUAACAAAGACAUCUACCUCCUUGAUGACCCACUGUCUGCAGUCGACGCCCAUGUGGGGAAACACAUGUUUGAAGAAUGCAUUAAGAAGGAGCUUCAAGGAAAAUCCAUCAUACUGAUUACACACCAGCUCCAGUAUCUGGAGUUCUGUGACAACAUUUUGGUUAUGGAGGAUGGCGAGGUGCUGGAGGCUGGGAACCACCAGGCUCUGAUGAAAGGAAAUGGACGCUACGCUCAGCUCAUCACCAACUACCAGAUGGGAGAGUCUGAGUCUGAGAAUGAGGAGGAGGAAGUGACAAACGAAUAUGAUGCCACGCUGAAGGACGUUGAGCUAAGAGCCAGAGCAGACAGCGGCUUGGUGAACCCAGCAUUUGUGCCGGACGAAGAGGAUGAUGGAAUGCCAGCUGUUUUAAAAUCUGCUGUGGGUGAUCAGCUGGUCGUUAAGGAGGUGGCCACGGAAGGUGUUGUCCCCUGGAGAGUCUACCAUCAAUACUGCAAGGCAGCUGGAGGCUACUUCAUCUGCUUCCUCACCCUCCUGAACAUUGUCCUGUUGGUCGGAAGCACAGCCUUCAGCAACUGGUGGCUCAGUUUCUGGCUGGGGCAGGGAGACGGGUCCUCCAAUAGGACAUCUUCAAGCCAGGGUGACAUCUCCAAAAACCCAGAUUUGCAAUACUAUCAAAUUAUUUAUGGCAUUAUGGUGGCCGUCAUGAUUUUACUUGCCAUGAUCAAAUGCUUCUUCUGGACUUGGGUCACAUUGACGGCUGCCUCCAAACUCCACAACAGCAUGUUCAAGAAGAUUUUCUCCAGUCCCAUGAGCUUCUUUGACACAACGCCAGUGGGCCGCAUUCUCAACCGCUUCUCCAAGGAUCAAGAGGAGGUGGACUGUGUGCUUCCCUUAAACAUGGACCCUUUCCUUCAGUUCAGUCUAAUGGUCACCUUCACCAUCAUCACCAUCUCAGCCGUCUUCCCCUUCAUGCUGGUAGCUGUGCUUGUCAUGGCAACCUUGUUCACCCUUAUUCUCUUUAUGUUCCAGAGGAGCGUCCGUCAGAUGAAGAGGAUGGAGAACAUCAGUCGCUCUCCCUGCAUCUCUCUCACCACCUCCACCCUGCAGGGCCUCAGCACCAUCCAUGCCUACAACAUAAGAGAAAACCACAUACAGCUGUUCAAGACACUGAAUGACAUCAACUCCAACCACUACUUACUGUUCAACUGUGGAACACGUUGGCUCUCCUUCUGGCUGGACUUCAUGGCUUGCACCAUGACCUUGUUGGUGUCUCUGUUUGUGGUGCUCAGCAGUAAUGAAGACAUCCCUCCAUCUUUGAAAGGCUUGGCCUUGUCCUACACUAUACAGCUGACCGGCGUGCUUCAGUACGUAGUAAGACAGUCGACAGAGGUGGAGGCAAGAUUCAACUCGGUGGAGCGCUUGCAGGAAUACAUCACGGGUUGCAAGUCUGAGGCACCGAGACACAUAAAGGAGGCCCAGGUUGCACAGGACUGGCCAGAGAAUGGAACCAUCACCUUCCAGAACUAUAAGAUGAAGUACAGAGAGAAUACACCCAUCGUCCUGAACGGCCUCGAUUUCACCGUUAGAGGCGGAGAGAAGCUGGGCAUUGUGGGAAGGACAGGCUCUGGGAAGUCGUCUUUAGGCGUGGCUCUGUUCCGGCUGGUGGAGCCAGCAGAAGGAACCAUCCUGAUAGACGGCGUGGACAUUUCCUCCAUCGGCCUGCAUGAUCUGCGCAGCAAGUUGUCCAUCAUCCCCCAGGACCCUGUGCUGUUUAUUGGCACUGUCAGGUACAACCUCGACCCUUUCAAUAACUACAAUGAAGAGGAGAUCUGGGCAGCGCUGGAGAAGACCUACAUGAAGGAGUCGAUAUCCAGACUGGAGGGGAAACUACAGGCAACAGUAAUAGACAACGGAGAGAACUUCUCUGUAGGAGAAAGACAACUGAUUUGUAUGGCUAGAGCACUACUCCGCAACUCCAAGAUCAUUCUUUUAGAUGAGGCCACAGCAUCCAUCGAUGCAGAGACCGACGCCUUGAUCCAGAACACCAUCAAAGAAGCCUUCGAAGACUGCACCAUGCUCACCAUCGCCCAUCGUAUCAACACUGUCAUGUACUCUGAUCGAAUUCUAGUCAUGGACAACGGAGAGGUGGCGGAGUUAGACCAUCCAGAUGUGCUGAAGCAGCGACCAGACUCUCUGUUCUCCGCGCUCCUCGCUGCUGCUAACACUAUGAACCACUGAGGCCCUGGGGCUCCACCAUACGUUUAUGGCUGUCAGUCCGCUCAUAUUAAAAUGUGGACUGGUUUGCUUGGAUCAUGCACAACUGACCAGUAUAGACUGCGCUCUACGGAAGCCCUGAGAAGAAAAUUAAACUUUUUUUCAGUGGCUGUUUUUUUUUUCUCCUGUCUUUCUGCCAAAAUUAUGCAUGACAGUAACGUCAGAUAACUUACACACAAUAUAUGUACCAUUUGUUCAGAGUGCAGGUAGCAAUUGAAACUCACCUGGCAAAAAACAUGACUGUUCUUAUUCCUGUGUAGCACAUGUUCCUUUCAGCCUCUUGUGGCCAAAAUAUUAGUACUACAACAACAAACACCUGUCCUGAUUUUCAUCAAGCAAUAUUUUUCCACAAACUAAACAAAGUGAAGAAACGUUUUCAUUUGUUUUUAAGCCAAACUUUGUAAAUAGUAAUGUAUUUAUCUCACCUAUCUGCUGAAACACAUACCUGUACAAUGUUAUUUCAUAGGAAUUUUUAAGAAGUACACAUGAAUGUAUAUUUAUUCAUUGAUUUUGUAUGACUUGCUGCCAAAGUUUUAUAUGUAAAGUGUUGAUCUGGGUUACAAUGUGCUACAUGUGGAAAACCUUUUGAAAUAGCAUUUGCAUUUCAUCUUACACAAAUAGAAAAUAGAGUUUACUAUUGUAAUUAAAGAUCAACAGACUGAAGUAAAUGUUGCUGCAUGCACUAGGUGGAAAUAAAUCCUGUAAAUUUGUAAGGUAUUUGCUUCAAUAAAUGAUGUUUUUUUUAA